CAAAGAUGUUAAAGAUAAAAACAAAGAUGAAAACCAAGGUCAUAGGCGGUGAAUUGCAAGAGCGCUUGAUUCCGGUACCAUACAGCAAGAGCAACACAGAUCAAGCUAUUCGUGUGGUCAACGCUUUUCGACAAGGACUCGAUGGGCGAUAUGGAGAGCACACUAACACAUCUUUAGCUGAAGUGUUGCGCAAGCAAACAUCGUUAAGUAAACGACUCUCAGAAACUUCAUCCAUAGAAUAUGCUGAUAAUAUUCCAGAUGAGCUGACGAUACCCGAGAUCGAUGUGGAGCGACUCUCGUCGCAUAGUCACACCGAGACUGCUGUUUAGGCACGACAACAACCACAGUCAUAGCCACAACAACAACCACAGUCAUAGCCACAACAACAACACACGUGCAUCAGGAAUAGAAGUAAAACAGUAAACAAUAAACAGAAACGGCAACGGCAAAAGCAACAACAACAGCGAGUAGCAGCAGAUGCAAUAUAAAUCCUGUGUAAAACAAUGGACAGUUAAAUCAAAUUUGCACUAAUAGAACAAAAUUAAUUGUGAUAUUAAAUUUUGUAAAUAUCUGGAUCAUGUUGUCAACAAAAAAAAACCAAAUAUAAAUUUGAAGUUUGAAAAA